GACAUGUCAAAAGUUAACGGUUCUAAUAUGUGAGAGGAAAUUAAAACCGACGGAUUUCAUUGCUAUCAGUAUUAGACUAGUAUACAAAUGGACAAACAAUUGCCCGUUAACAAUAAAAAAGAAUUUGGAACAGUACAUCUUGAGGAACAAUAUAUUGUUAGCGAUGUCUGUUUGGGGGCUCUGAGUAACGUGGUUCACAAAAAACACGGCAGGAAUCGGUCUCCUUGAUGGCUCCUUGUCUCUUUAAGAGGAAUUCAUCCAGCGUUCUUUUCAGACCCCAAAAAGCCUCCCCCAACUACCUGCUUUUGAACGUUGACGCUUUGACUGUCGGGAAGUCCCGUUCCUUUCUAUUACAUCUAUGCCAGCAGGCGGUAAACUGAUCCCGGAUACACGCUUUUGCAAGAUUAUAAUUUGCCUGACAAAGGUGGUCAGGACCUCCCAGAAGAGCAGCUUAUCAACACACCACAGAAUCCUGGCUUGGCCUUUCAGUCAAGAUCCAGUUUGUUCUCACAGAGACUGAGAGGACAUCAAUAAAAAGGUGAAGCAGCAUAGUCUUAGUCUGAAUCCUAUAGUAGCUAGAUCAAGCUCCAACGAAUAAAAACAGACAUCUAAAUCCAACACCUGAACUUAGGAACAAGGGACAUGACUCCUCCCAGUUAAAUACAACAAAGAACAAAUCGUCUUUUCUGUAUUAUUGCUAUACAAGUCCGACCCACGGACAUCCACCUGUGGUUGGAGCCAUGAUGAAUAACAGCAGCAGAGCCUGGUGGGGUGAGCUGUCCUGGGACCAGUCAGGCCAGUGCCGCACCUCGGUGAGCAGCACGACCUUCCUCAUUGUGGCGUACAGCACCGUGAUUGCAGUCGGCCUCAUCGGCAACACCUGCCUCGUCUUCAUCAUCUCCCGGCAGAAGGAGAUGAGGAACGUCACCAACAUCUUCAUCGCCAACCUCUCCUGUUCCGACAUCCUCAUGUGCAUCGUCUGCCUGCCAGUCACUGUCAUCUACACCCUGAUGGACCGAUGGAUCCUGGGUGAAGCCCUCUGCAAGGUCACGCCUUUCGUCCAGUGCAUGUCUGUCACGGUCUCCAUCUUCUCCAUGGUGCUCAUUGCCCUGGAGCGCCACCAGCUCAUCAUCCACCCUACGGGCUGGAAGCCGGUGGUGGGCCACUCCUACCUAGCAGUGGCCGUCACCUGGAUGGUGGCUUGCUUCAUGUCAUUGCCAUUCCUCUCGUUCAACAUUCUCACCAAUGCCCCCUUCCAGAACCUGAGCCUCCCUUACAAUCCGUUCACGGACCAUGUAAUCUGCAUGGAGCUCUGGCCGUCCGAGCGUAACCGGCUGGCCUACACCACGUCGCUGCUGCUCUUCCAGUACUGCCUGCCCCUGUCCCUCAUCCUCGUCUGCUACCUACGCAUUUUCUUGCGGCUACGCCGGAGGAAGGACAUGGUGGAAAGAACGCGGGACCCCCGCCAGAAAAAAGCAAAGGGGGCCAAGAGGGUCAAUGUCAUGCUAGCCUCCAUCGUGGCUGUCUUUGCCCUGUGCUGGUUACCACUCAAUGUCUUUAACACGGUGUUCGACUGGCACCACUGGGCGAUCCCCUCCUGCCAGCAUGACAUCAUCUUCUCUGCCUGCCAUCUGACGGCCAUGGCGUCCACCUGCGUCAACCCUGUCAUCUACGGCUUCCUCAACAGCAACUUCCAGAAGGAGCUGAAGGCUGCGAUUUACCGAUGCCGAUGUUGGGGGGCGCCGGAGAGCUAUGAGAGUUUCCCCCUCUCCACAGUAAGCAUGGAGGUCACCAAGGUCUCUUCCUUGAGUGUAAAUACCUAGUUACCGAGCCUCUCUGCAAAAUCAACAGAGUAAGAGAGAGUGUAAAACAAGCAUGAAUAUUUCAUAAGCCAUAUGGUAUCCCACAUUUUGUAGUUAAUGAAACUGGUACAUCUGCUUCUUACGUGUUUAAUUGAAGUUAAGAAUCAGAACACGACAGAAUAUUCAACUGAAACUGCCUAAGGAAAUUGGCUAAUGGUAUUUUUCACAAUAAUGCUUUAAUAUUGUACCAUAUGUUACAUGCUUUUCCAUUUUAUUACUGUGUAUGUUGUAUGUUUACCAUGUAAGCCUCUGUUAAAAUGUUAGAUUGAUCAUUGUCCUAUUUUCUGCUAGUUUGUAAAACACCGAAUGUUGAGCUUCUUUGUACUUUAUGCAGUGGCACAGGUGAACCAGCAAUCUUUAUCAUUAUAUCCAAAGAAAGUCAUUCCAAAUGAUGAAAAGUGCUUAUGAUUAUGGAUUUCACUUCUCAAGACAUUUAAGUUUUUUUUCUUACAAAGCCUCUAUGACCUAAAUGCUUAAAUUCAUAAAGACCGAAAAACGCAGGUUCAUCCCGUUUUUUUUCCAGUGGCCAAACCUGUUCUUUUUUGUAAUAGAUGACUGUUUAGUUCAACUGCUGGCUCCAUUUGCUGCUCCAUUCAGAUGCUAUUAUGCAUGAUAAAAUUCUGUGCUCUACACUCCGUUUUCACAGCAUAUGCUAGCUGCUCUGUUAACGGGCAUUUAUCUGAGCUUAAGGUCACUGCAAGUGUGCAGCCGAAUUUCAAAUAUGUAAAUCGAUUUAUCGUUUUUAUGAAGAUCGGCGUGAAAUAUUUAUACAUGUAAUAACUAGCUCUUCUGUUUUUUUCCCAAUGUAUUCCUUUUCAUUCUGGUCAUGUAUAUCUUGCUUUCAUAGGGAUUUUUGCGCUCCCUUCGAUUCACCAGUCCUCGAAGGCAAUGUAUGAGAAGUAACACACUGCGUGUAUGUCCCACAUGAACACAGUGCAGACCGUUAUUUUGCUUGCCAUACUGUGUGCUUGUACGUGCGUUCAUAUUAAAACCAAGUGGAUUUUCAUUUUGGGUGCUAACCUGAAAUCAUAUUUAAACAACAUGUAGUUAAUCUUGUUGCCAUUUUAUGGACAGUGAAGAGCCUGCAACCUCUCAUUUCACUUCUGUAUGUGAAGGAAAGGCAAAGAAUUUCUGUUUGACUCCUCUGCGUACAGCUGCAUUUCAACUGAGGGAAAACAAGUGGCAUAAAUAGCCUAUCUGCCUUUCUUCUAGUCUUGCUGCUCUAACCUUGGAAUGGCCUAUUUUCAUCGAUCCCGUGUACCAUCUAUUUGAUUACUGGCUGUCAGUUCAGGUCCAACAGGAUAUGUUGGUUUUUGAUAAGCAAACACUGAAAUGCUAAUAUUUUUUGCAGUUUUAUUCAUAUUUAGGACGCUCAUGGGAGUUUUACUUACACAAAAAUGAUCGGCUCAGAGAGAUAAUCAAUCAGAUGGUCAAGGAGGUGGGUCUAAGUAACUUGAGGAGGCGGGGCCAAGACAUCUGAUUGUUUGGUCCUGCCUCGGCCAGUUCUUUGAACCCACCUCCGCUACAAUCUGAUUGGUCAUCUCUCUGGCCCCAAUCAUUUUUCCUUCAGCCUUCAGAACAUUUUUGUGCAACUAAAACUUCCUCGAGCAUUUAGGACUGUCAUUCAUGUUAAUGCAUAGCUACACAGGGCAUGCUUGUCUUUCUUUACUAAAUGCAUUUUUUUAAAGGUACAGCUUUAAACUUUUAAUUGAGGACAGUCUAAUACUAGUUACCAAUAACUAUUAUAUUCUCCAAUCACCCACGUCUUAUACAAGUAAAAGGCAGUUAUAGUGAAGGUAAUGAAAAGGUUUAGAUGGAAUGAUAUGUUAACUUCACAAAUACAAAAUUAGAAGCAAUGCAAGACAAUUAAUACAGACACAUUCCUUACAUUGUAUCAUGAUGUUAUACAAUCAACAUAUUCAGUCUCCUGACAAUAAUGAAGUAAUAUUUGGCCUUAAUAGUCUCCAGAUAUUUGGGAAUAUUCAGGAAGUUAUGUAUGGAGAAGAAUGUGCAAGCACACUGUACUGGGUGGACAUUUUAUGGUUCCAACUUUUUAUGAAGGUUAAACAUUUAAUAAGGAAUAUAAAUUGAAUGAAACAUGAAUGCAAGUUAUUAAAGAACUACUGGUGGUUACUGAAGCCUUAUUUUAAAUGAUUAUUUUGGUCAAUUGCCCGACAUUCCAUUGUCUGUAUUGUUUUGUCUGUAGAUCUUUAUUCAUCUUAUUUAUCUCAGAAUUUUCAGAACAGGUGUAAUAUUUGUUGUCACACAUAUCCACUAUUAUUAGGAUUUUACUUUGUAAUAUGCAUUACAGAGACAAAAAAACACUUUACUUAAUUGCAGAAUAUUUUUACAGGUUUAUAAUGUUUAGAUAAGUGAAUAUAUAUGAUAAUUUUAUCUUUUAUGUACCGUUAUUUUAUUAAAUAAAAAUGUAAAUGUCUGCAUUUAGAGUUCAUUUUCAUGCAGCUUUAGCUGAAUACGUCACUGUAUCAGUCUAACACUGACAUUAAUCAUUGUGUCACAGUGAAAUGUAGUUUUUACUGUAAGUAACGGCCCGCAGUGUUUUAUAGGAAAUAUGUACAUAAUGGUUGGUGAAUACAUUAUAAAUUCAAUAGCCUGAGUAAGUAACAUUUAUCCUAAUGGGUGUUCUUCUCUAGUAACAUCUCCAAAGUAUACCGAAAAUGUGUGACGUGAUUAUUUUUUUUUUGGUUGCCAAACCAUAUGGUUCUAGAAUUGCUAGCGGUAUAUAAAUAGAACUUUUGAGAUUUAUUUUAUUUGGAAUUUAGAUUAAUAACCAUGACACUGUCGGGAAAUAUAGUCCAAAAUGUUUACUCAGCAGGACUGACAGUGAUCAUAAAGGGAAGGCUGUAGAUUUCUUUUCAUUGUUCAGGUUCAAAACCCGGUGCUUCCCUUUAAGAAAUGAAAUAUACCCCUAAUGGAUCUGUGUGCAGGGGCGGCAUGAUGAUGCAGUGGUUAGCACUGUUGCCUCACACCUCUGGGACCCGGGUUUGAGUCUCCGCCUAGGUCACAUGUGUGUGGAGUUUGCCUGUUCUCCCCAUGUCGUCGUGGGGUUUCCUCCGGGUACUCCGGCUUCCCCCCACAGUCCAAAAACAUGCUGAGUUACUAAAUUGCCCAUAGGCGUACAUAUGUGAGUGAAUGGUGUGUGAGUGUGCCCUGCAAUGGGCUGGCCCCCCAUCCUGGGUUGUUCCCUGCCUCGUGCCCAUUGCUUCCGGGAUAGGCUCCGGACCCCCCUCGACCCAGUAGGAUAAGUGGUUUGGAAAAUGGAUGGAUGGAUGGAUCUGUGUGCAAAUGUAACUAAAGUGUGAACUUGCCCUCUUAUUUUUACGUGGUUAUUAUUAGACUAAUUAUUAGACUAAUAUUUGGAAUGGAAUAUUUGGAUUUCAAUUUUUCACAAAAAGGAAGAAAGCAAAUUCGAUGAUUACCUCAUUGAAAACAGACCAGAGGACUAAAUAUCAAAGUUUAUAGAUUUUUUUCCUCAAAAUAAUCAUUGUAUAAGUGCUUCAAAACAUUUGUAAAAUUCCUGUAAAGCACUGUGUACGCUGGUUUUGCUGACGCUACACAGCAUAUGGCUGGCUGCUCUCGAUUGAUUUGUGGUUCCUUGGGCUGUACCUUAAUUGUAUUGUGUAUUUGUCUCAGUGUUCUUCUCCUGUUGCAUUACAUGGUAUAGACGUGUCUCAGACAGACCCUGCAGCCGUCAUGCGGACAGGACGUCACAUGCCCUCGGUCAAUGCGUUUAAGAAUGUGCCUGUUGCCUGCAAGCUGCGGUUCCACGGUGGCUAAAUUCGCAUCGUCACAUGUCGGGACGAAUAAAAAUGUUGUUCGACCAUUAUUUUAUGAUGCUACUUCAUCGCCAGCUCAACCAUACUGGGGCACCUUUUUUCUGAUAUGAAGAAAAGAAUCCAGGUGUCACUAAUGAAAAAAAAUAUAUAUAUACGACACUGUUGACGUUACGUUCCAUUUGUUCUUGUUGUUGGUUGAUUCAUACAUGAAUUAUAUGGCAAUAAAAUAUUGUAUGUUUAUGUUUUAUGCAUGAUUUUGUUUUUAAUGUGCUGUAAAGCUGUAUU